CUUUCGUGUCUCUUCUUUGUCCCAUGGCUCGCGCGUUAGGGUCGGCGAGGAGCUUUUAAGCUCUUAUAGUCCGGUCGGUGAAAGUAUCGUUCAAGGAGAAAAGCUAAAUUGUGCUGUGGAGUGCAUCAGCACCGGACAGCGACGUUGGAACCAUACGAAAAGUGAUCAGCGGUAGAAGACAACACAUCGACGCCCGACGCAUACAUCACUAUGGAAAACACGUCAAAUACUCUGUACCGAGACCUGUACUCCAACGUGGCCAUGUUGAACAACAAUGUGAGCUGUCGGAACUUGGCUGACAAUAACAGCCUCAUGGAUGCAAAAUGUGACAACUUGAGCCAGGACACAACACCCGUGAUAAUCGCAAUUGUUAUCACCGCUCUCUACUCUAUCGUAUGUGUGGUGGGUCUGGUUGGCAACGUGCUCGUCAUGUAUGUCAUUAUCAGGUACACCAAGAUGAAGACAGCCACUAACAUCUACAUCUUUAACCUGGCGCUGGCGGACGCCUUAGUCACCAGCACGCUGCCCUUCCAGAGUGUCAACUUUCUCAUGGGCAGCUGGCCAUUUGAAGAUGUGCUGUGUAAGAUGGUCGUCUCCAUCGACUACUACAACAUGUUCACGAGCAUCUUCACCCUGACCACUAUGAGCAUCGAUCGCUACAUUGCCGUCUGCCAUCCUGUGAAGGCGCUGGACUUCCGCACGCCACGCAAUGCUAAGAUUGUCAACGUGUGUAACUGGAUCUUGUCCUCCGCCAUCGGCCUGCCUGUCAUGUUCAUGGCCUCUACUGUUACCAACCAUGGAGUCACUGACUGCACCUUGCUCUUUCCCCAUCCCUCCUGGUAUUGGGAGACGCUGCUAAAGAUCUGCGUCUUCAUCUUUGCUUUCAUCAUGCCUGUCCUCAUCAUCACUGUGUGCUACGGCCUCAUGAUCCUGCGCCUGAAGAGCGUGCGUAUGCUGUCAGGCUCCAAAGAGAAGGACAGGAACCUGCGGAGGAUCACCCGCAUGGUCUUGGUGGUGGUGGCCGUCUUCAUCAUCUGCUGGACGCCCAUCCACAUCUUUGUCAUCAUCAAAGCCCUGGUCAACAUCCCCAACUCCCUUCUACAGUCAGUCACCUGGCACUUCUGCAUUGCUCUGGGCUACACCAACAGCAGCCUCAAUCCUGUGCUCUACGCCUUCCUGGACGAGAACUUCAAGAGGUGCUUCAGGGAGUUCUGCAUUCCAACCCCGUCUGUUCUGGAGCUGCAGAACUCCUCGCGUGCUCGCCACCCCCAGCGUGAGGGCCCACUGUCCAGCGGGCACACGGUGGAUCAGACUAAUCAGCAGGUAUGACUAGCCAUGGACGUGUCCUCGCUGGACUCACGCCACAGCCAGCCCAACGACGAAUUGAACUCUGAGGUCACACAGGUAACGACAACCCUCUGACAGAAACACACAGAGGGAGAGAGGGGUCUGGAGGGCUCUGGUUCCCUGACGCAUCCGAGCAUUAGCACACACAAACAUGUACACACACACACACACACUGCUACUACGCCACAAACACGGU